AUGUCUGAGGGCGGAGGAGCGCAGACUCAGACGCAGACGCAGACUCAAGCGAGUUCGUCAAGCAGGGGAGGAAGGAGAGGCAGGUCCGGACGAGGAAGAGGGGGUCGAGGUCAGGGUGAUGGCGGUCGUCGAGGCGGCGGCCGGAAUGCCGCUGCCCAGUCGCAACCGCAGAACCAGAAUCAAAGCCAGAAUCAGGCGGGCCCAGCACCAGCGUCUGAGCCAAUUGUGACGGCAGCACCUCGUGAGAGCGCGCCAGAUGCGUCAGCUUCUGGGUCAGUAAGGAGAGGGAGAGGCCGUGGUGGUUCUCGAGGUGGCCGAAGAGGUGGCGGUCGUGGCGGCUCCGGAGUUGCGGCGCCCGUCCCUGGAACUCAGCGGACGUUUGGUGGUCGUUUAACGACGAAUGCCGGCCCCGACGAAAGUGCGGCAGCUGGUUUGAGUGCAGCUGCUCCAGAUUUCGUGCCUGGGCAGCCCGUCCCUCAGAGAUCUGCACCUGCUCCCAAGCAGAAGAAGCCUCAAUAUCCCCUGGCACCAAAGUCUACAGCAGCAGACCUGCCUACGAGGAUCCACGAGGACAUUAGCCACGGCCAGUACGAAGCCCCGCCGUGCGGUCACCCUUCGGUCAAGCACAACUGCCAUCCCGACGACGUUCCAUGCCCGAAGUGCCCUUUCCUCGUGGAGAAGGCAUGUAUCUGUGGCAAACAGAGAAUGAAGAAUAGGCCAUGCUGGCUUGAGGAAGCUCGCUGUGGUCUUCCUUGCGGCAAGAAGCUCAAGUGCGGCACGCACACCUGCAGAAAGGAGUGUCAUCGCCCGGGCGAGUGUGAAGAUGCCGAAAUUCCUGGCUCUCAUUGCGCUCAGCCCUGCGGCAAGACACGCAAGUCCUGCGAGCAUGCUUGCCAGGACUCGUGUCACGCCCCUUACCAAUGCAAGGAAGACCGGCCAUGCCAAAGCAAGACCUUCAUCACCUGCGAAUGCCAAAACCGCAAGAAAGAGGUCAAGUGUCUCGCCACGAAGACGAACCCGACUCCCGACCGCGACACCCUCAAGUGCGACGACGAAUGCCUCCGCCUCCAACGUAAUCAGCGCCUUGCCGCCGCUCUCAAUGUCGACCCGGACCACACUGACGACCACAUCCCCUACUCCGACACGACCCUCAAGCUCUUCCGCGAGCUCUCCCUUACGUGGGCCCAGAAUCAGGAACGCGAGUUCCGCGUUUUCGCCUCUGAGCCCUCCGAGAAGCGUCUCCGCUUCAAACCCAUGCCUAAAGCCCAGCGCGCCUUCAUACACAACCUCGCCGCGGACUUUGGCUUCGACUCAGAGAGCCAGGAUCCGGAACCACACCGCCACGUCUCAGUCUUCAAGACCCCGCGCUUCGUCUCCGCCCCGAAGAAGACGCUUGCUCAGUGCGCCAAGAUACGCGCCGACGCCGCCAAACUCACCGCAGCCCCGGCCGCAUCCUCCUCUGCGAACGCUUCCGCGGCCCCGGAGCCCUUCAACGCCCUCCUCCUCACUGCACCACGCUUCGGUCUCACGAUUGACGAGAUCGACUCCGCGCUUGCCACGCACCUGAAGUCCCACAACUCCCUCUCCUUCACAACCUCCUUCCUCCCGUCCGACGAGAUCCUAAUUCGCGCCGUACCCGUCACCUCCUGGGGCACCAGCCCCUCCGCCGUCGAAUCGACCCUCUCUUCUCUCAAGCCCCUCGUCGCCCGCACGGUCACGAAAGAAGGCCUCGCCGCCGCAGCCCUUCUCGUCACCGCCGACGCCAACCUCAACGUCCUCCGCCGCGAGGGCGCCGCGGCCGCAGGUGCCGGGGGCUGGAACGCUGUCGUCGGACGCGCCGCGGCCCAGCGUAGGGUGUUCGGCCCCGCCAAGCCCGAGACGACGCGGCCCAGCAGCGGGUUCGUCAGCUUCUCCAAACUUGCGAGGAAGAAGGUCGUCGAGGACUCCGUGGCAGACGAUUGGGAGGCUGCUGCGGAUGACGAGUGA